AGAACGAACAUUUCAAUUUAGGGUAAACAAAAAUAUUGAUAAAAACUGAAAAUGUAAAUCGGUUAUUUAAAUAAAUCUAUGGUAACCAGUUGAUCAAAUAAAAUAGUUCAGGUGUCUAGAUCGAUAUCAUUUAGCUCGUAAAUGUGAUUAUUCUGGAAAAUAAUGACAGUUUUAACCUCAGAGAUCUCAAGUAGCCAGUUGAACAGAGAAAAUUAGUUUUACAUUAACUAUAGAACCUUGAAACACUUGGGACCUACACAAAACAAUUAACAGUCAUCUGACAUUUGAAAAUGUCGGGAAAUAUUACGAACUUAAUGUCCAAAUUCGGAAAUAACUCAGUUGGUGUAGCUCCUACAGAGGAUGUUGAAGGCAUGCAUAAUGCGGAUAUUGAACUGGAGAAUGCAAUACAAGAGAUAGUCGAAAAUGCCUCCAAUGAAGACAAUAACGUGAACAAUGAAAGGCAUUCAAAAGAUGUCUUAGCCUUGGCAAUGAGGAGACUUAGCGUGCGUAAUAAUCUGAACACAGAUGAACGUCGAAUUGAAAAUGAUCGAAAAGCGACUAAAGAGUCCAUUGAUGAAAUUAAAGUUAAAAACAAUGACGCAUAUACUUUAAAGAUCGAGACAAACAUCAAAUGUAAUAAUAUUAACGCAUAUCCCGAUGAUCUCAACAUAAGUGAUGAAGAGCAGAACCUUGCAUUCACAUAUGAAGACACAAAACUAUACCGCUUAAUCAAGCCGUUAAUUAUAUCUCUAAAGAUCGGAGGACUUUUUUUCUAUCCUAAUUACAAAAGAACACAAAAUGGCAAAAUCAAAAAAGGGAUAUCUAAACUUCAGAUGUAUUCGAUUGGCAUAUGUUUUCUCGUUAUUUUAAACUGUUUGAGGUCUGCUUCGUUUUACACUGGACAUAACGAACUCGACCACAAGUUGUUUUUUAAAUCUACAAUGUCUAUUUGGUGGAUGGAAUGUUCCUUCAAGGCUGUUACAUUCUUCGUUGCAUGCAUAAGUGUCGAUAAGAUGCGUGGUUUAUUCAUCGCCAUCGAUGAUGUACUCCAAGAAGCCGUCAUUGAUAAAUAUAGGAAGAAACUAGCAAAACAAGUGAAAGUUCAAACCAUAAAGAUUUGGAUGUUAGCGAUUAUAAACAUAGGUGGCACUGUAUAUUGCGUGUUUGGCCCUCACGAACUGUCUGACCUAUUUAACCUUUCUUUAGCACCAUUGCCUGUGGAUUUUCCAUACCUUGUUCCAUUCCAAAUCCUAAACGUCUUCAUGCAUUGCAUUAACGUUAUGGUCGCUUUAUUCCCGCUGGGAUUCUACACCACUAUCUGCUUUUUACUUUACUACGAGUUCAAAGAGCUCCAUGAAAAUUUCGCAAAGGACAUUUCCAAAUCUGGAGAAAUCAGUAAAAACCUAGAAGACAUCAGACUACGUCAUCAAAGUUUGUCGAAAUGUGUUGAAAAAGCGGAUGCUAUUUUUAGUUAUUACAUUGCCGUUAUUUAUACCACAAAUCUGCCCCUUUCGUGUGUUGUGCUCUAUAAUAUGAUCUAUCACCAGCUACACAUAUCGCAGACUUUACUUAACUGUUUCUGGUGUGUUUCCGUUCUUGUACAGAGUGCUUCAGUUUCUAUGAUGGGGGCAAUAGUUAAUGCACAGGCGCAUGCACCACUGACAGAUAUCUACAGCAUCCGUGUUCUAUCAGCUUCUAACGAGCACCAGCUUCAGAUCAGCAUGUUCCUCCACAAACUGACUGGUUCCUCCAUUGGUCUCACUGCCUUGGACAUGUUCGUCAUCAACCGUCCAACAAUCCUCACAAUCAUAGGUAUGCUACUCACUUACUUCGUGCUGCUCGUUCAGUUUAAGAUGCCAACUGGUACAUCCAUCUGCGACUGCAACAUAACGCAGAAAUCCAUGGACACCGUCGACAACUAUUAUGCAAAUAAAACAGAACUGUGAUGGCAAUGGCAUAAGCAUCUGUUGAGGCUAUGAUGGAGAAUGUUAUUUUCUUUGUUAGCUGUCAUAUAUCAUACCGUGCCACGUCUCCAUCAAACAAAUACCGUCAAAGGCAAAUGACGUGCUCCACACAACGACGGGCACAUUCCGAAACAAGUCAUCUUCACAAAUAGAUGGCAGAAGAGAGUAAGAUAUCAAAUUAAGUAUAUGUGUCGGUCGCCUGUCAGCUUAGAUGACAACAAUAGAUGGCCCAUAGAUAGAUUGCGAUUGAACACACUGGACUUGGGAUAUUUCUCUUUAAUUGUAAAUGUACUGUAAACUAAUUGAGAGUACAUCGAUCGUUGAUUUAACAUUGACGAAAGUGACAGAUUUGCUGAUUUGAAAUGACAGUAAAAAAACACAAAAUAGAGUGGUAUUCACUUUAGAGAUACAGUUAUGAAACAAUAAAAAUGGACAACUCUCAUAUUCUCAUUUAAUCAUGCCAUGUUUUUAUUCAACACAAAAGAAACAUAGGACCACUCUUGUAUCAACAAAAGUAACA